UGUUGAGCUUUAGGCUAGCCAAUGAGUCUACCAGAGAGUUGGUGUUUGAUGGAUUUGAACUUUUUUUUAAAGAGCAGCCAAAACUUAUAGGCAGUCAGAACUCCAGAUUUACAGAUAUUCAAGAAGAUUCUUUAUUGAUCAAAUUCUUUCAAUUUUUUGUAUUGAAAACUUUAAGCAACUAGAUCUAUAUAUUGCUUAAAGUUACAAACAUUUGUAGUCUAAUUGAAGUAGCCAAGUAAAUCUAUUUAUUUAUUUGGCAUAAGAACUCUCACGUGACGUACUUCCGGUAGUGUACAGAUAAAAAUUUAGUCAAACGAAAGAAGACAAGCGAGAGACAGGAGACUGUUCUAUCAAAGAAGCCUGUACAGCGUGUGCUGCACUGUGUAAACAAAUACCACUCUGUCAAAAUGAAGUAUAAAAAGAAAUCAAAGUCCAAAAAGUCAUCCAGAUCCAGGAAGUCUUCCUCCAUGAAACUCCCUGUUUCACUCCCGUCCCCAUCAAAAAAGUUGAAGCAGCCAGUUGCAUCCACUUCUCAAGUUCGCAUGAUAAAAAAACGGAAGCUGUACGACCCGGAGUCUUUGGUUGCAGCCUUUAAGGCUGUGAAAGACAGUAGCAUUUCCGUGAACGCUGCUGCUAAACAGUAUGGUGUGCCGUUAACGACAUUGCGAGAUCGAGUAGAUGGGAGAAUCAGUAUGGAGACAACUCGCCCGGGACCACCAUUACUUAUGGCAAAGGAAGAGGAGUCGGAGAUUGUGCACUUCUUGCACACAAUGGCGAGGUAUGGCUACCGCUAUACUCGUCAAGAGCUUGCGGAGAUAGCAACAGAUCAAGCAGUGGAGAAGGGUAAACGAAGACCCCAUUCCAAUGGCUUAACGACCAAGUGGGUGGACAGUUUCAUCAGCCGAUGGCCUAGUGUUCGGGAACUCAGUUGUAAAUUCAAGAAUAAGACUGAUGCUGAGCACACUGUCAGGACGUAUUUUGAUGAGAUUAAGAAAAUCAUCGACAGGUACAAGUUGCUGGAGAAGAGUGACAGAAUUUUCAAUAUUAUGGAAAUCAGCCUGUCAACUGAUCACCGAAUGCAACAUUCUGUGAGUGGCAAAAGUGGACACCAGUUCAAGACUGAAAAUGUGACCAACACAACACUGAUUGCAUGUGGCAGUGUCUCCGGCCGUGUGCUUGCUCCGUUUUUUGUAUUUCAAGCCAGUAAGCUCAGGCCAGAAAUGAUGACCAGGGUUCCUAGCAAUGUGAAUGCCUCCAUUUCUGAAACUGGCAAAUGCUCUCCACAAAUUUUUAGAAGAUAUCUCAAUGAACAUUUUCUGCCUCAGGCUCAACGCUUUGACAAUGAACCUAUUCUCGUGCUCAUGGAUGGGUCGAAAGCUCACAUGUUUGUCGGUAUGAGCGAAUGGGGCAGGGCGAACAAUGUUAUUUUUUCUUUCAUUCCUGCUCACACAACUCAUCUGCUUCAGCCUCUUGAGGUAGAAUGCGCUGAUGCUAUCAAGAAAAAAUACGAAAGUGUAUGUCGGCGUCACCUGAAAUCCCUUGCUGGUCCCUGCAUCAGCAGAAACAGUAUCGGCGAACUUGCCUGUCAAGCAUAUCUUCGUGCAAUGACCAGACAUGUCAUCAUUCAUUCGUUCAAAAAGGCUGGAGUGUUCCCAGAUGUUUCUUCUGACGAGAGUGGAGAUGACAUGGAUUCACAAUCAUACCAGGAUAACUUUAAAUCUGAUGACAGUAAUCAGGAGAGUCUGGAGGAGGUGGUGUUUACAGAGGACUUGGUGGUCGGGCAGAACCAAGAAGUGACAGAGGAAGAAGUCGUGACGACUCAUGAAGUUGUCUUGAGCGCUGACGGACAACCAGAAGAAGUGGUCAUCACUCCCGAUGGUCAGCUGGUGCUCAGGCAAAGUGGAGACAUGGUGGUGGCAGGGGACGGACACCUGGUCAUCCAUGGUGGGGAAAUUUUUGUGAACAGUGGAGAGCAUGGGUUCUCACAUCUCCAACCCAUACAGCUGAUUCAGCCAAUGUCUUCAGACGAACAGUCGCUGGACCUGAAAACAGAGUCUGAUUCAUUGAAUGACCUCAAGGAGUGCAUGAUUGAUCACAGCAAAAUUCUAGACAAUUCGGCGUUGGAAUUAGGGAGCAAUUCAGACCUCAAUGUUUCUGUUGAUCAGGGGACUUUGGGUUGUGAUAUGGACUCCUCCUCAGACCUGACUGGUGGAAAACAUGAUAAUGAAGACUGUGACAGCAACGAUGAUGUUUCAGACUCGAGUGAGGUAGAAGAUGAAAAUAUUCACAGUGGAGCAAGGACGAAGCCUUUGAGUGUGUUGGUGAAGAGGGAAGCUAAUAACGACAACCAUAGACAUUCUGUUCUGCUUCAGAAAGUGUUAGAUAUUGUCCAGCACAAGUAAUUGUUAUAUUUCUUUUUGUUGAACCUCUUCAGCUCUCUACCUGAACAUUCAUUAUGACUUUCUACUUUUUCUCUUUUUACUGUCAUGCGAUGAAAGAAAGCUGAACUGUUGAAAAGUGUGUAAUUGAACGUUACAUUUUUGUUGUUCUAUUGCAUUUUUUCAUCCCUCGUCCUUUUCCCUUUCUUCUUGUAAACCACACUGCACUAUACUUUGUUUAGUAUCGAUCUGAUAACAAUCUUUUUAUGGAAUUUAUGGAAUUUAUGCAAUCUAUUUUGUUCUGUACUAUUGGAGUGAGCACACAAAAUGUGAGAACACAGGUUGCUCAAGCUGAGGUCUUGGCCACAGUUUGUUUUUUUUGGGGGGAGGGGGUUCGUUUGAAGGUCUGCAUGUUUAAUUUAUUUGCCUUAAGGAUGGAAAUCAAUGUUGGAGUAGAAGUAAUUCUCAGAUGCAGUCAGUGGAAUUUGUGGUAUUGAAUCCAUGGAUGAAUGUAGUUGCAGGGAAAAAAGACUGCUGGCUCCAAAAAAAAAGGGCUGGAUAGUUGGAGUUACACUGUGAUGGUGUACUCUGCGUCUGUGGUAUAAUUAGAAUUAAACAUUUUUUUCACUUGUAGCAGUUGUAUGCAGUUGCUACUUUGCUUCCUGCGUGGGGAGUUAUCUCAGUCCACAUGCAGGGAUGCUGUAUCCUACCAAGUCCUUGUCAGGGUUAAAACAGAAUGGAUUAAAACCUCUAAAUGAUCUUAAUUGUGUCAAAGGGGUUUAGCACAUACACAGUCGGGGACUCAACACCCAGUGGUGCAGAGACAGGCUUAUUGUCUUAUUAGGGGGUGGUGCAGUGACUUGAGGAAUUCUGAUGGGAAUGAUGUCUGAGAAAAGAAUGGGGGUGCUAUUCCAAGCUAGUGGUAACAUUUACUGAUUGUUUAAAGUGGGGACAUUCAGCUUGGAACUGUCUAUAAAAUGUAGUUGAAAGAUAAAUGCUUUAGCUGUGUUAACAUUAUUUAUAACAUUAAUGUGCCAGGUAUGACACAAACUACUGCCAAUAACGUGGUUCCGGCCAG